AUGAGAUUAGAACCAGAUUUUUCUUUUCUGACUCCAAAUCCAGAGUUCCAUCGCCCCCUCCGUGGGACAGCGGCGGCGCCUGCGCCCACGUCCAAACCCCUCCCAUCAGUGUCUGUGGCUUCGAGCGCCCCCCAGCGACGGGGCCUGAGCUCUCGGGCGAUUCCCCCCAGGAACCUGGCGGGCGCCCGGGCCAACCAGCAUCGGGCUCUCAGUGGGCCAAUGAGGAGGCUCCUUACAGCUCGGGCGGCUGACGGGAGCGAGCCCAGUGCCCGGAGCAGGGAGCCCGAGUCGUGGCCGUGGCAGCCGCCACCGCCGCCGCCGCCGCCUGCUUUCCCUUCUCUCCCUCCAGCCCCCGGUCCCGGCCCCUUCCUCGGUCCCUUCCUGCCAGGGCCAUGGCUGCGAGGCCGCUUCGGCGGGGCUGGGUGCCGCGGGUGGGGCGGCGGCACUGAGUGGCGGCCGGGCGGAGGGGAGGGAAGCCGCCCCCGGGAGCCCCGCCGAGCCCCGCCGCCUCCCUCCGGGCCGGACCGGAGCAGGAGUGGCCUCCCCCGCCGUCCGACCCGGUCAUUUUGCUUGACCCCUCAAUUUGGAGGAUCUGAAGGAAGCUUUGGUGGAAACCAUGGAGGCAGCUUCCUAAUUGGCAUGAAUGGAAAGCAGAUCAUGCAGAAUCUGAAUGACCACUUCGCUUCUUACCUAGAGGAUAUACACUCUCUGGGCAUAUCUGAUAUAAAACUCAAAAGUUACAUCAUGGAAUGGCAUAAGAAGAGGGAGCCUGACAAUAACAGCCAUGCAGAGAGCUGCAAGGAACUGAGAUGUACCUUCCAGGUCCUAGAGAUUAACCUUCAGAUCUGACACAGUAAAAAUAUAUACUCUGGAAAGUAUUGAGUGCUGCUACUUCUUCCAGAUCGCCAGGAUAUACAGCAGAUGAGUCUCCCACUAAAAGGUGGAGAAGAUGCAGUUGCUGCAUGACUUGGAGCAUCACAAGUACAAGAUCUUUCUGGGCAUCAAGAUUCAUCUUGAGAAUGACAUUGUCACCUACUUUCUGCUUAUGGAGGGUGAGGGCAAAGGGAAAACAGAAGAGUCCAAAUCAGUCAAAAGCUCCAAAGAUAAAGUUAUGACACAGGGCAUUGUGAAUUGAAAAGUUAUCCUUUUGCAGGUCAUUUUGAUGCAGGAGUCUGAGAGUGAAGCACAUAAAGGUUUCUACUAGGUCUAAAUACUUUUCUAAUGAAAAUUCAGGCAGACCCAAACCACUCAUGGAGAUGUUCUACAUGGCACAUUUGGAAUGAUUAAUGUAUCGAUUGUAAAAACUCACCUUUUUCCUCUGUAACAUGCUUAAUCUUUCACUGUACUUACCAAAUUAAUGUGUGAUUUAAUAAGAAUUAAAAUAGCUGCCUUCUAAAUAUCAGCUUCAGGGGCAGCUAGAUGGUGCAGUGGAUAGAGCACUGGCCGUGGAUUCAGGAAGACCUGAGUUCAAAUCUGGCC